GGCAGCCCCAGGUUGGGGGUGGGGGGCAGGAUAGGGACCCCCACACGCACUGAGCAGCCCCAGGGGGGUCUCAGGCGCUGCGUGCCGAGGGGUGUCCCCCUCGGACGGGGAGCACAGGGCAGCCCCCGGCCCACAGCCUCACCGGGACGGAGAGGAGCGGGCAGCAGGCCAGCCGGCGCUGGCACCAGUCCCGGCAGCCUGUCCUGCCCCUUCACUGUGACUCUGCAAAACAGCGGGGCGGUGGCGGUGACGAUGGCGAUGGCCGGGCCGGGAGGAAGCAGAGGGGCCCGGCUGGGUGCUGCGCUGCUCGGGGCGGAGCGGCGAGCUCGGCCGGGCGGGCAGGAGGAAGGACAAGGCCGGGUCCCAGCAAUAGCAGGAGCAGCAGGAGCAGGAGCAGGAGCAGGAGCAGCAGGAGCAGCAGCAGCAGCAGGAGCCAUGGCCGAGGCCGGGGACCGGAGCAUCCACACGCAGCACAUCGCGGCCGUGCACAACGUGCCCAUGCGCGUCCUCAUCCGGCCCAUCCCCGCGGAGCUGGAGCCGGGCAAGGUGCAGAGCCUGGUGCAGACCCUGCAGGAGGAUCCCGAGCGGGUCCCCCCCAUCGACGUGCUCUGGAUCAAGGGCACCCAGGGCGGGGAUUAUUUCUACUCCUUCGGGGGCUGCCACCGCUUCGCCGCCCACAGGGCGCUCAACCGGGACACCAUCCCCGCCAAGAUCAUCCCGUCCACCCUCAGCGACCUCCGCACCUACCUGGGCUCCUCCACGCCCCCCCUGCGCUAGCCCUGCACCCCCGGAGCCCCCCGACCCCCGCCCUGGCGCCCCUCGGCCCCCUUGGCGCCCGUGGGUUGAGCCGAGCCUGAUGCGGGGGUGCCGUCAGCCUCCGGUGGGAAUGGGGUCGGGGGUCCCCCGGCCCCGGGCGGGGGGGGGGGGUCUCUCCCGGGGUCCCUGCGGGUCUGGGCUCUCCCCGCGCCGCCCCCGCCGCCGCGGUGGGCUCGGGGGCACCGGGAGGCACGGCGGGACCGGCAGGUGGCGCUAUUGUGCCGCGCUGAGCCGCCCCGAGCGGCCGCGGGAACCGGGGUGGGAUGGGGUG